GGCUGAGGAUAUCCCAAACAAAGCAGCCAAAGCGCCAUGCUUUGAUAUCCUCAAGCUGCUGCAACCACAAACAAUGUCUUCCAUGGCCUUGUUAUCUCCGUCAACCCAUUUCCCAUCUCUCUCUCCUUCAUCCCAUUCCAAAACCCAUUUCGCUAACAAGCCUUGUCUCCUUCUCAGACCCAACACUCCUCUCUUUCGCCGUCUCUUAAGCACCAAAGCCUCUGCUGAUAAUGGAGCCGGAAACCUCGGCUCAGCUGCCACCGCUGUUGAACCCAAGGCUCUAGAACCUUCUGUGCCCUCGUCUGAGAAGGUUGAGAGCUCACCUGUGUCAAAUGGGUCAGCACUUAAAACCCCUGAAGUCGAAGUGGUGAGUUUGUUCGAGAACCCGAAAUGGAUCAACGGGACUUGGGAUUUGACUCAGUUUCAGAACAAUGGAAAAACCGAUUGGGAGGCUGUCAUUGAUGCUGAGGCAAAGAGGAGAAAAUGGCUUGAGGACAACCCCGAAUCAUCCAGUAAUGAGAACCCAGUAGUUUUUGACACCUCCAUCAUUCCUUGGUGGGCAUGGAUAAAAAGAUACCACUUACCUGAAGCCGAACUACUAAACGGCCGUGCUGCUAUGAUUGGGUUUUUCAUGGCUUAUUUUGUUGAUAGCUUGACUGGAGUAGGUUUGGUUGACCAAAUGGGCAACUUCUUUUGCAAAACUUUGUUGUUCGUAGCAGUGUCUGGGGUACUUCUAAUCCGCAAGAAUGAGGACAUUGAUACACUAAAGAGGCUGUUGGAAGAAACGACAUUUUAUGAUAAGCAAUGGCAAGCAACUUGGCAGGAUGAGAAGUCUGGCAGUUUCAAGGACUAGUUAAACUUGUUCUAGGGAGUUUUGCUUUUGAAUUAGGUUGUUGUCUUCAUUUAAUUGGCACAAAGACAGAAAUUCUGCUAGCCUAUAUAUGUUCUUUUUAAUUA